AUGGCCAAGUUCAUCGAAUACCUGCGCGGCAAGGAGAGCCGGCCCGGCGAGGCGGCGCUCCUGCGCAAGCUUGAUUUCUUCAUCCUGACGUUUUGCUGUCUGAUGUACUUUGCCAACUACCUGGACCGGUCCAACCUGGCCAAUGCCUAUGUGUCUGGGAUGAAGGAGGACCUGAACUUCAAGGGCAGCCAGUUCAACCAGAUCAACACGAUCUUCACGGUCGGAUACAUCCUGGGCCAGGUGCCGUCGAACCUGGCGCUGCAGUACAUCAAGCCGCGCAUCUUCUUCCCGGGGAUGAUGCUGGUGUGGGGAGGGCUGACGAUGGUGACGGCGGCGGUCAAGAACCCGCAGGGCAUCAUGGCGAUCCGGUUCUUCCUGGGGCUGGCGGAGUCGUCGACGUUUGUGGGCACGCACUACAUCCUGGGGUCGUGGUACACGGAGCGCGAGCUGGGCAAGCGCAGCGGCAUCUUCACGGCGUCGGGGCUGGCGGGCACCAUGUUUGGCGAGUUCAUCCAGACGGGCAUCAUCUCGUCGCUGCACGGGGCGCGGGGGAAUACCGGGCUGGCGAUUGACGGGCUGAUCACGGUGCCAAUCGCGCUGUACGGGCUGUUCCUGUUCCCCGACACGCCAGCGACGACGACGGCGCCGUACCUGACGGCGGAGGACCGGGCGCUGGCGAUGGCGCGGGUGCCGGAGCGCGGGGCGGAGCGCACGCGGCUGGACUGGGCGUUUGCGCGGCGGGUGUUUGGGUCGUGGCACUGGUACGGGUUCGUGAUGCUGUGGGUGAUUGCGGGCGAGACGGAGUCGUUCUCGACCAACUCGCUGCUGGCGCUGUACAUGAAGGCGCACCCGACGCGGCGGUACACGGUGGCGCAGAACAACAACUACCCGUCGGGCGUGCCGGCGGUGGGCAUCGUGUCGACGCUGUUCUGGGCGACGCUGACGGACUUUCUGGGCGGCAAGCGGUACCUGGUGGGCUUCUGGAUCGCGGUGACGGGCGUGGCGACGUCGGCGAUGAUCCUGGCGCCGGGCGCGUCGACAGCAACGGUGUUUGGGGCGUACUACUGGGCGGGCUCUGUGUAUGCGUGCCAGGCGACCUUUUUUGCGUGGGCCAACGACGUGAUGCGGUACCGCGACGACGCGCUGCGCAGCGUGGUGAUUGCGAGCAUGAACAUGGGCAGCAAUGUGAUUAAUGCGUGGUGGAGCAUUGUGUUUUACCCGGCGGACACGGCGCCGUACUUUACACGCGGGAUGUGGGCGAUGAUAGCGUGCUCGAUCGCGAUGGCGGUGUGGACGGGCGGCGUGCUGUACAUGGCGGAGCGGGAGAAGAAGCAGACGCAGCGGGCGGUGGUGGACAAGGGCGAGGACGAAAAGGUGUAA